AUGCCUACACAACAGCAAACGAGACCCUUCUUCGCAAACUUCCUAGCAGCCUUUAGAGCUCAUUCCGCAAUACAGACAGGCAAAGCUACCAGUGCUUCAACAAACCAAGCCUCAAAUACCCAAUCCCAUAUCGUCUCCUCGCCUUCACAACCCAGAACCAUUACAACGUCCUCGAAAGGCGCAACGACGACGGCGAUAUCGGCUCUCACAUCACCGCGGACGCACAGUACAUCCCCCCUCUCUCGUUCGCCGGGUCAGUCACCGCCGCCUGGGGAGUCGAAUCCAACAAAUGGCGCGACGAGAUAUGUAGCCGGCCGAUCGACGAGGAGGGGCAGUGAUAGUAGUAGUGAGGGGUUCAGAGAUGUGUUAGGGCAGGAGAAAUGGUAUAUUGGGGGUCGAACCGCCACAGGAGAAGAACGGUAUUUCAAACUUGGCGUGGUUAGGCGGCAGAGGAGUGUUGAUCGGUUGAGUUUGGACAGAUUAAGUCUAUAG